GCUGCGUCGCGUCCAGAUUAGAAGAGGCGAAGGCGGCGCUGCGUCGCCGGCUCUCGCAGCUGCUCCUGCUUUCCCCGUCGCAGCCGGGCGGCGAUCGCGCCGUUUGCGGGACUGCUGGAGGACGCAGCUCGGGACUGGGAUUUUGUCGGCCGAGGGAAACGGGUCGAGGAGGCGGAGGAGGGCUCGUCCCGCCUUUCUAGGAAGCCAGAGGUUUUCCUUUCGACGAUUUUCCUCCCGGGGCGCACGGCCAGGCAUCCAGGAGAGCCUUUUGGGCGCCCCGAAAAGUUGGCGUCGGUCCUCCGCGGCGGCAGGAUGGUUGGGACCGUGCGCGGGGCUCUGCCCCGAGGAGGCUGCAGAGAGGAGCCGCGUACAAUGUGACCGCCUCGCCGCCCUGCCCGAGGCUGAAGCCGCGAGGAGGAGAAGCGGCUGGGGAAGGGAAGCCGCCAGGGCAGCCGGGGGCCGAGGCUGACAAGCGCGGAUGUCUCGCUCCGCCUCUCCCGCUUUGCCCAUCGCCGGAGCUGGGCGCCCUCAGCUCGGCUCCUCCGCGGAGGCGAAGCAGCAGCUGCGGGUCUGAGGGAGAGAUGCUGUGGAGCGGGAGCCCCCGGCCGAGCGCCUUCUCCCCGCAGGAAAUGUUGCUCAUGAUCGCCUUUUGUUUGGCUUCGCGGCGGACCUUGGCAGCGCCCACUCCGACCGCUGAGGAUCUUACCUUGGGAGUUGACUGGCUGACAAAAUUUGGAUACCUGCCUCCUCCGGACCCUGUCUCAGGACAGCUGCAAACGCAGGAAGAGUUCACCAAAGCCAUUACAGCCAUGCAGCAGUUUGGGGGCCUCGAAACGACAGGGAUCCUAGACGAGGCAACACUGAAAUUAAUGAGAACCCCUCGGUGCUCCCUGCCUGAUCUUGCAGAGUCAGUGGCAAGGAGAAAGAGACACGCUCAGGUGGCGACCAAGUGGAAUAAAAGAAACUUAUCUUGGAGAGUCCGGACCUUCCCCAAGGACUCCCACCUGGGCCAUGACACGGUCCGUGCCCUAAUGUACUACGCCUUGAAAGUGUGGAGUGACAUCACGCCACUGAAUUUCCACGAAGUUGCUGGAAACAAUGCCGACAUCCAGAUCGACUUCUCCAAAACGGAUCACGACGACGGAUACCCCUUUGAUGGCCCCGGGGGCACGGUGGCACAUGCUUUCUUCCCGGGGGAGCACCAUACUGCUGGAGACACCCACUUUGAUGACGAUGAAUACUGGACUUUCCGAUCAUCAGAUACUCACGGCAUGGACCUGUUCGCUGUGGCGGUUCACGAGUUUGGCCAUGCCAUUGGCUUAACCCACGUCUCUGCCAUCGAGUCAAUCAUGAGGCCAUAUUACCAGGGGCCGGUAGGGGAUCCCCUAAAAUAUGACCUGCCUUAUGAAGACAAAGUCAGAAUCUGGCAGCUUUAUGGGGUCAGGGAGUCGGUGUCCCCAACAGCCAAGCCCGAAAUCACGAAGUCAGAUGACCACCCCUUCUUGCCAGACUUGCCAGAGAACCGCUCCACUGUGCCGCUCAGAAGAGACGUCCCCAACCGAUGUAACACUCACUUUGAUGCGGUGGCCCAGAUCCGCGGAGAGGCUUUCUUUUUCAAAGGCAAGUAUUUCUGGAGGCUGACGAGGAACAAGCACCUGGUCUCCCUGCAGCCGGCCCAGAUCCAUCGUUUCUGGCGGGGUCUGCCUCUCAAUCUCGACAGCGUGGACGCCGUCUACGAGAGGACCCACGACCAUAAGAUUGUGUUCUUCAAAGGAGACAGAUACUGGGUGUUCAAAGACAAUAAUGUGGAGGAAGCUUACCCUCGGCCCAUCUCGGAUUUUGGCUUGCCGCUGGGAGGCAUCGACGCCGCGUUUUCCUGGGCCCACAAUGACAAGACUUAUUUCUUUAAGGACACUCUCUACUGGUGCUAUGACGACCACGAGCGGAGGAUGGAUCCCGGCUAUCCUUCGGAGACCUGGUUGUGGAAGGGGAUCCCAAGCCGGCUGGACGAUGCAACUCGGUGGUCGGAUGGAGCAACCUACUUUUUCAAGGGCAAAGAAUACUGGAAGGUCAUGGACAGUGACCUGGAAGUGGAGCCCGGCUACCCGCAGUCCAUUGCGAGGGACUGGCUGGUGUGCGGGGACAUGCAGUCGGAUGCUCCCGAGCCAGCCGAAAGCACCAGGACUGGGGUGCAUUCCAAGCAAGGACAGCACGACGAGAGCCGAUCCGAAAACGAGGUCUGCUCCUGCACCUCCGCCUCUUCGAAUCGCCACUGGUGCUCGAUGCUCAGCCUAUCCGCAGGGCUCCUUUUCUCCAGCAUGUGGACAGUAGCACUGGCCCACGGACCACUAUGACAAAAACCACCCCCUGGACCAGAAGGGAAGGCAGUUAUUCAGGGACGCAAAGGAGGGUUUAAAUAUCGCAAGCCGCCGCGCGGUUUGGAGGGAAGAUUCCAACGAGCGUGGUGGCAACGUUUUCCGAUUCUCCAUGAGAAGUGGACAAUGCUUAUUUCCCGUUCUUUCUGGGUUUUGUUUGGAAGUUGACAUGCUUUAACAGCAGACUUUUUCUCACUUUUUCUUGUCUCCUCACACCCCAGCCCCCAACUGUUGAACGAAUAAAGACUCUGGCUCAUCUUGCA